UGUGGGCUUAAUGCAGUUCGACUGCGACCUCUCAGUUGUGCGGAGAGAAAAGGCUGUUGUUUCAUUCGGUUGGGGUCAGGGAGCUAUCCUGGUUUUCUGGACAGAAGGUUUUUGAAGGAAAUCUUCUAUAAGUCCCAACAUGUCAACACUGAGCUGUCUAACAGGAAGUGCUGAACUUAGCUCAGCCCAGGUGUGGACUCACUGAGCUCUUUGAUCUGCAUCUGUACUUGGUUCUGGACUCAUGUAAGAGUGAGCAGAAGCAGAAUCAUGUCAGAAACCCUCCAGCUGCCCGCGCUGCAGAUCCAGGGCCCGGUAGAUGGGGAGUGCAACGGAUGCGAGGUGGAUUUGGCCCUAUCCAGCUCUUCCAGCCCCUCUCUGCGGCGUAAGCGCUUUAAAAUGUGCCGUAUGAAGAACGUCAUGAGCGAGAAGGAACAACUUCAGCGUUCCGGCUCCAAGGAGUACCUGCAGCUUCCGUCCAUUGAGAUCACGCCAUCCAGCGACGAGGACGCAGCGUGGUCGAGCUGUUCGACGCCCAGCACCUCGCCCCAACGGAGACGCUUCCUCCUGCGCAAGUGGCUGAGAGGAGGCGAGAAAAAAGAGCACGGCAGUGAGAGCAGCAGUCAGCAGAGCAGCCUGCAGAGCAGCCAUGAGGAAGAGUCCACACGCUACCUGAGCCCCAACACCCGCGACGACAGGUACACACUCUGGGCUGCUUUGCAUGUCAUUUUCAUUGUCUGUAGGUUUUACAUGUUAAAGUAUUUGGAAUUGAGGCAUUUAUCUCACUCGUCUAAUAUUUAUGCAUUAUGCCGCUCUCACCGUAGUUUCCUUAUGUGUCCAACAGGGGUCAAUGGUUGGUCAGCUCACAAUCUGGCUGAACCCAAUUCCAGUCAGCAGAGCAGCCUGCAGAGCAGCCAUGAGGAAGAGUCCACACGCUACCUGAGCCCCAACACCCGCGACGACAGUUCUGCAUCUGUUGUCUGGUUUUGA